UCACACGAGCGGCCCGUGUUGGUUCCAGCUGACUGGCAGAGAGGGAGAGAGAGUGAGAGAGAGGAAAAUAAGAGCCAUCAGCCCCAUCUAUCCGUCUCUCAUACUACUGGAUAUUAUUAUUUUUCCGGGGGAUCUCUUUAUUUCCGUCAUCUUGUCAUUUUUUCGCCCCUCUUUUUGUUCUUCGCUCUUUUCUGUCUUGGAGACUUCUUACCGCCGCGACUCGACUGUACUCCGCUGUUUCUACUGCCUUUAUUUCUGCUCUCUUAAUAUUGUUUAUAGCUCCCUCCGGACUCACCGAGCGAUCGACCGACCAACUAACCGACUGACAGCUACUCCUGGAGGAUGAAUUAGAGUCGGUCAACAUGGUGCCAUUUUGGAUAUAAAUCCUCCCUCUUCUUUUCUUUUUUGUUUCCUUUUUUUUUCUUUCGCACAUUUUCUUGCAUGGGACUGGCGACUAUCAGGUGGACACCCUGAGCGCACACGCGUCACCUGUCCGCGCACCUUUUGACGGCGCGCCCGUCAAUUAGCAUCACUAAGUGGAUUAUUUUGAUCUUACGGUCUCUUGCAGGUUGCCCCACUCCACUUCCUCCUCCCCUCACCUCCCCCCUUCCUCCUCCUCCUCCUCUUAUUCCCCCCGAGAAGUUAUGUCAAGGCCUCUCACCCAGCUUCUACCGCCGGAUCUCCCUGCCGGGGCCACCAGCCCCCAGUUUGGGGCCAGCAACCCGGCUGGAAGUGGCCCCCAAGGUGGACACCUGACCUCUAUGACCAACCUGAAGUCUCUGCUUCAGGUGCCAAUCAAGGCAGACCAGAGAGGCCCCAAGGACUGUUGCGAGAUGAAAGACAAAGACAAGCCCCUGGACUCCGAUGAAGACUCACUGGGUGUCAGUGCCGGUGGAGCAAAUGGGGUGGGAGGAACCCCGGGCUCCGGCGCACUGCGACCCAACUCACAGUCAGCCUUCCUGGGCCCGCUGCUGUGGGAGAGGACCCUGCCGUGUGAUGGAGGCCUGUUCCAGCUGCAGUACAUGGACCUGGAGGAGUUCCUGACUGAGAAUGGGAUGGGGAUGCACAGCAACGGGCCCAGCUCUGCUACUGCCCAGAUCCCCUCGCAGAGCUCCCAGUCUGCGGUGCCCAACCAGAGUUCUCAGUGUCCUCCCACCUCUCCUCCGCCCUGCUCCUCCUCUUCCUCCUCCAUGUCCUCCUCAUCCUCCUCUUCUUCACUGCUUGGACUGGAGACGGUCCAACCACAACCACAGCCGCCACCACCACCACCUCAACAGCAGCAAAGCAUGAUGGGAGGACCUGAGUGUCUACAUGGUGGUCAGGCAGUGCCUCAGGACCCGUCACCCCCCUCUACCUGCCCUCCGGGGCCCCCUGGACCUCCAGCCGGCACCAACGGCAGCAGCGACAUCAUGGUGAACUUUGACCCUGACCCGGCGGACCUAGCGUUGUCCAGCGUGCCGGGCCAGGAGGCAUUUGACCCACGGCGGCACCGCUUCACCGAGGACGAGCUGAAACCUCAGCCGAUGAUCAAGAAGGCCCGCAAGAUGCUGGUUCCUGACGAUCAGAAGGAUGAGAAGUACUGGAGCCGGCGAGUGAAAAACAACGAGGCGGCGAAGCGCUCGCGGGACGCCCGGCGACUGAAGGAGAACCAGAUCUCAGUGCGCGCGGCCUUCCUGGAGCGAGAGAACGCCGCCCUUCGCCAGGAGGUGGCCGACAUGAGGAAAGAGCUGGGCCGCUGCAGGAACAUCAUCAACAAGUACGAGAGCCGGCACGGAGACUUGUGAGGAGACGGACGGAGGCGGAAAGGGCGGGAGGGGAAUCGGAGAUGAGACAAGGGUACAAGGCAACCCAGCAACAGCAGCACUUUAGUUGAAGUGGCGAGUCGGGGGUGGGGGGAGGCUGACGUAGAUCUGCAGUAAGCACCGUGCGACACCGGGCGCAAACGCCACAAGCGUCUUUUAGCGCGCGUGCUGUGCUUCAGGAUGUCAUGACAGGAAAGCACAGCAGCGCCACAGUUUAUUUUCCGAGUUUGACUCUGUUUGUAGAUGCUGCUUUGCUGAAUCCACACACCGUACUGUAUCACCACCUCGUGACACCUCGGCAGCUUUACCCUUGGUGCUGUGCUUACGCCCGGUGCCGCAUGGCGUUUUUGCAGGUAGUGCGUUUCCAUCCGCCGCUCUGGCCAGUUCAAACAGGGUGUUGAAUUCACAAUAUGCCAGUGAAAUCUCACUUUUUAAGCUCAAGGCAUGGACACAAGCCAGAAGAGGUCAAAUGUGUAAUUUUUUUGUUUUCUAUAAAUAGGAAAAAAAGAAAACAUGUAUAUUUUUGAACUGGGCAGGAAGGCAAGACUAGUCCAGUGAAGAGGAGGACGGGGGGAGGAAGAAGAGCAGGGCUUUCGUCAAUAACGCAAAGAGAUUUUGACAUAGGAUUAUUGUAUAUUUUUCUAUUAGCAGAGGUAUUUAGGAGGAGGAUUUUAGAGAUAAUGUUUUGUAUAUUUUAUAUAUGGGGCGGGAGGGGCUGUUAGCUGGACAGUCACGGGGCCACAUAAAGCGCUUUUCCUCCCAGCUGUUUAUUGCUAAACAACAAAUAAUCUAUUUUCAACUUUACAGAGCUGGUUAGUCAGAGGAAGAGGUGUAACAGAGAAUGUAUCACGGUCGAAUCAGGUAUUUCACACAGCGUGAGACAAGGCGAGGUAUUUUAGACUGUUUUCGGCGCUGAAGGGGGGAGGAGGAUGGGGGGCGGAGGCAGGAAGAAGGCGAAACAACAAAAAAAUUGUAUAGUUUAAAGAAAAUCUUUGUGUUUGUUUGUUUUCUCUGUGAGCUCGUUCAAGCACUUGAGAUUUUAUCUUCUAUUUGAUUCCGUGUCUGAUUCUGACAUAAAUCAAGGGGCUUUUAUUUUUUUUUAAGCUGAAGGAGGAAAUAAUAAUUAGCCAUCCGAACAGCUGGAUGUGAGCAGAUGUGUGAGGAUAAGUAAAAGGAGAGAAUUUUGCUGGCGGGUUUGCGUUUUAUUUCGGUGAAUGUGUCUUGCUCACAUGUAAACGCACACACACUGACACACACUUUUAACCAUCGCACAACAUGAUUGCUUUCGGUUUCUUUACUCAUCAAUCAUGUCUAGGUGCAAAAAUUGAAUACUAACUGGUUUAAGGUUGAUCUGCCCAGAUCGAACAGUGACUGAAACCUUCAGCACACACACACACACACACACACACACACACACACACACACACACACACACACACACACACGCACACACACACAGACAUGCACAGACAUGCACAGUCCUCACCAAGGUUUUAACCCUUAUUGUUGUUGUUGUUGAUGUUGUUAAGGACUUUUAUGGUGCUGAUCUAAUCUGAUCCUCGACCUGACAUGCACACACACACACACACAUAUAUAUAUAUAUAUAUUUACACCCACACACAAAUUAUAGUCACACACAUAUGCACACACACCUUCUCAAACACAGUACUGAACUGCCUAUACCCUUUCUUUGUCUUUAUUCCUUAUUCUUUAUUUUUUUCUCUCUUUUUGUUGCAUAUUGUAUUGAUAAAUCAUAUAUUUAGAUUUUCACACACAUACUUGUCUAUACCUCUCCUUCAAACUUUACCCAAUGAGAAAGAGAAAUGCACCCUACUGCUACUGUACCAUACAACUGUACUAUUGAAUAUUAAACUAUUCUCUCACUAGA